AUGCCUAACUUGUGCUCGUCUGGGACUGUCUGUGUCCAAAGCUCUACCGGCGCGCGGUGUAUGGCCAAGGAUCCAGGGAAUAACUGCGAUCAGAAAAACUGUCCAUCCGGAACUGCGUGCGAGUAUGCUGAAACAGAAUGUAUCCAAGACAAGGCAUGUUACGCGGAGCCGAAGUGCAAGAACCAAGGACCUCAAAUUACGCCAUUAGAGCAAACUGGAGACAUGGUCGUCAACAGCUUCGUUCCAGCCAAUCUAGCAGGCACCAGCCCACCAGCAUGUAGAAGCAAUGAAGUGCUGAAUGGAUGCGGGGCUCUAUGUGAAGGAAAAUGUGAGGACGUGAACAGGGGACCAGUACCUUGUCCACUCAUUUGCCUCCCACCUGCCUGCGCUUGUGCCGCCGGUUUCUACAGGGACGCCAACAACAACUGUGUGACAGCAUCGCAAUGUGCACAACGUGAGUGUAUCGUUCCUUGA